AUGAAUUACUUACUUCCACUGAACAUGAAGGCUAUUCCCAGGAGCAAGAAAGUCCAAAAAACUUACUCCAGAAUUAUAAGGGCCGCUCAUGUUGAUUUAUCUAAUCAAUCUCUUCCAAAAGUCACAGGUUGCGGGCCCUUUGUUGAAUUACUGAAGUUCAAACCGAUUGGGACUUCAGGUGCUCUUUUGAACAUCCAAAUACCUCAGUCUGGUCAUCUCAAAAUAAGAUCCGCCUCUAUUGUUGCAUUAAAUGGCAGCGUUGAAGAUCUAGACGCUGAGCUCAGGCCAUUCAAGCAAGGGGUGUGGUAUCAAUCCCUCCGCCUGAGAUCUCCAAUAUCACUUUUGGUAUCGGGCGGGCGCUUUAACUACCUGUUAUUGAAGACUCAUAAGGGCGAGAACUGGCUUUUCAAGGACUUGGAGAAUGUUAUUGCAUGGUCUGGUUGUGACUUGUCUAUUUCUCUGAGAAAAUCAGACACUUCGAUCUCCUCUUUGCAUAGUGAAGGAAAUGGAACAAUCGUGGUACAAAGUAUUCUGAAACUCUUUGAAGUUAAUGUUGAAGUUGGAGAGAGUAUUCUCGUGGCGCCAAGUGCCAUCAUUGCCUCUAAUGUGACCAUAGACAAAAGAGUUGAACUUCGUGAUGAUCAUAUUUCAAGGAUAUUCUUGAGUCCAUCGUCCUUGAGGGCAAUUCUGAUCAAGUUACCCAAAAUUCAUACUCAAUACUUCUCAAGGAUUUAUCGUACAUUAAAAGAACGGCUGAGAAUUUUCUUGAAUUUACCUUCAAGGGAUGAAACCCCUCUUUCAAAGUUACGGUCAAACUUGCGAUUAUCACUCAAGAGAAUUACUAAACUAACUACAUCGCUAGUGGCAACGCUAUUCAAGAAAGAUGAACAUUACUAUUAUGCUGUUGACGGUCCAGCAAAGAUACUUAUAGCUGAACAACCUCGGUUUCGCAGGGAAUUGAAGAAUGGACUUUGA